AUGAACACUAUCGACGCAACAGAGCACUACGAAACCAGCGCUAACGACCGACCCCCCUCCCUCCUCACCGUCAUCGUCGACACAAAUCCACACGCCUGGGCACUCCUCAACCCCACCCUCCCCCUCUCCACCGCCAUCGCCAACAUCCUCGUCUUCCUCAACGCCCACCUCGCAUGCAACUACGCCAAUGAAGUCGCCGUGGUAGCCUCCCACACCCACAAAGCAACAUGGCUCUACCCCGUCGAACGCACCACUACUACUACCAGAGACACCGACGGCGACAUCGCCAUGCACCACCCUCAAGCCUCCUCCCCUCCCCCAACCUCAUCAACCAGCAUCAACAAAUACCGACCCUUCCGUAUCGUCGAAGAACAAGUCACCGCUAACCUGCAUGCCCUAAUGACAAAUACCUCUUCCGCUUCCCUAUCAACCACAACAUCUACGAUGAUGGCCGGCGCUUUAACUCUGGCUCUAAGUCAUAUCAAUCGUCGAACUAUAGCUUGGAAUGAAGCCCAUGGUGGAGAUAUUUCCAAUCCUAAUGAAUCGUCCAAUCCCUCGUCGAGUAAUACAACUAGAGCCACGCCCGAAUCUACACUGCAGUCACGGAUUCUAAUUCUUUCUGUGUCAAGCUCCACGGGGUCUGCACAUCAAUAUAUCCCUAUCAUGAAUGCCAUUUUCGCGUGCCAGAGACUGCAUAUCCCCAUCGAUGUGUGCAAGUUAUCUGGUGAUGCGGUGUUCCUUCAGCAGGCGUCAGACGCAACCAAGGGGAUUUAUAUGGCCUUGGAGGAACCGAGGGGCUUGCUGCAAUACUUGAUGAUGGGGUUUUUGCCGGAUCAGAGGUCCAGACGCCAUUUGGUGUUGCCGACGAGGGUGGAUGUGGAUUUCCGGGCUGCGUGCUUUUGUCAUCGGCGAGUGGUGGAUGUGGGGUUUGUGUGCUCAAUUUGUUUGAGUAUAUUUUGCGAACCGUUGGGGGAUGGGGUUUGCUUGACUUGUGGGUCGAGGUUGGAUAUGGGCGAUUAUGGGGCUAAACCGGCGGUCGUGGCGAGGAAAAGGAAGAAGAAGAAAGUCAAGGCGACUGGGCCGUCUGCGACAGGGACCCCGACGCCUACCCCAACGCCGGGGCCGUGA